AUGGGUACACAUGAUACACCACACUCACUGAGCCUUUGUCAUACUUACGCGCUUUUCUCUCGUUCGGCCUAUGUUGUCGUACAUCCCGGGCAGUUUCCCGCCUCAGUUUUUGGUCCCUGCGGGUACUAUGCAUCUUACUGCAUCCUCGACUAUCACAAUCACCGUGACGCCUCCAGUCUGCAAUAUUCAAUAGUCCGACUGCAGGAGUUUGCCCGCGCCGAUUCAGCAGCCGGUCGUAGCACCGCCUUGGACGCCGCCGGUUUCACUACAACGGCUGGUCCACUUGCUCCUACCAACUCUGUUGCGGGAAACCACAGCCCAUCGAAUUCUAUCCCAGCCUCUUUCGGCACACAGACAUUGGUUAUCGGUUGGCUGUGUGGCAUCACCUUAUCUCCUUCCGGAUGGGCACUUGCAAUUACUGCCGUCCUGGGUAGUGGCGUGGAUUUCUAUACAGUUCAACCUCAGUCACAAUUCUUUCGGUAUUCUUCCUCGCGGUGUCCUGCCUCUUUAGGCAACUCUCAAGCAGCUAGAAAGGGCUGUAUCUAUCGAGAGGGUCUUUUCUACAACUUUUGCAUGGAAAAGUCCUCCUUACCGUGGAACAUGGAUCCCAAUUUUAUCAAUGUCGGUCAAUCCUACUCCACAGUACGGAGAACUCCGCCCACUACCUUAGUCGGAGAAAAUUUUUGUUUGGACCUGCCCUUUCCUUCCUCGACUGACGUCAAGAUUCGGCUACUCUCCAUUGGAUCCAGUGCAGGGUUUUGCUUAGCCACGCGAGAUUAUUAA